CUGAGGGAACGUUGAGAAAAUCAAUGAUAUUGUGAGUUUUUCUUCAUAUUCAUAAUCAUCUGACAAUGAGGAGCCUAUUUGUUCUGCUGAGUUUUCUGAUCGGGGUUCAGGGCUUUUAUAUCUUGAGAAAACAUAAUUCCAAAAAUCAUCAAGAGAUCACAAGAAUUGCCAUUUUACGUGCAACUAAACAAGUCUGCAAGAGCAUGGAUAGUCAAUUUCAAGAGCCAAAUCCACUGGAUGUAGAGUCACUGGCAAGUGCUUGCCAGAAAAAGGAGCAUGAAAGUCAUUUUCAAAGAGGUAUAAGAGUUAUCUGCUAUUAUAAUGUGAUGACAGACUUGACACAUUCUGAUAGUCCACAACAUCACUUUGACAAUGAGAUGUUUAAGGAGGGAAAAGAGCUUAUAACCGAAGGAAUAAAUACAACUAUAGACCAAAUGAACAGAAACCUAUUUGAUGAUGCAAGAAAGACACUUGGGGAGAUCAUGCAUACUUUACAGGAUUUCUACAGUCACAGUAACUGGAUAGAGCUGGGAAACACUGAACCCUGUACUGCCCUGAUCAAUCAAGACGAGAACAUACCCAACCCUGCAGAUGAGAACACAGAAACAUGCGAGGACAAACCCCAAGGAAUAGAUUUAAAAGUUAAGGAAGACAUUCUAAGGCAAAAGAUACUGACAUCAGGAUACACAAGAAAAUCAAACCCAAAAGGGAAGUGCAGCCAUGGAGGUUUUCGUGAUUUCUCGAGUGGUAUUAAUAAGGAUUUCAGUGCUUCUUGUCAUGGUCCAUUGCAUAAUAAAGCUGCAGACGUUGCCAUUGCUGCCAGUGUGCAGCUGCUGGAGAAGAUCUGGAAGAACAUCGAUGGCCCCAGGUUUCUCAGACUGGUGGGACUUGAUGAAGUAAGGCCGGCCGGAGGAUGGCAAGAUCUUCUUUUUUCUCUCUUUACAUCUAGAUAUCCAGAUGCAAGCGAGAGCCCAAAUGAAGUUGUGGAAGCUGAACUAACAGAUUAACAUUUUCUAAAAUGUCAAACAUCUGAAUAUUUUAGAUUUUUAUCUCUCGUGUGCCUUUCUAUCCAAUGAUUAAAUUUGGCAAAUCCAAAUCAACAGUACAUGAGAUGAAUAUAAUAUCACUCAGGUCAAUGUUUAUUAUAAAGCUAAUUUGAAUGCUUUUAGAACUGUUCAGAUUUACAAAUUAUAACUGACACUUAGACAUACAUUCCAAAUGGAAUAUAGGAAAUUAUGAUAGUAUGUAUUAGAACAGUGUUUCUCAAUCCUGAGCGCACCCCAACACUGCACAUUUUGCAUAUCUCCCUUAUCUAAAGGCGGGCAUACACUGUGCGAUUUCGGCGCGAUUUUGUCAAGGUCCCAACUCACACUGUACGAGUAGAUCGCUUGCGAUGUAAAGCCAAAGCUCACGAUUUUUAAUGC